UGUCGUGUUAGCAUUGUCGUCUAUGCAUAGAUUAUUAGAUACAAACACACCAACACUACAGUGCUUUUUCUGUGUUUGUAUAUAUCUAUGGUCUAUGAUAUGUCAAGAUUGGCAAGAUAGCCAAGACCCCGAAGAAGAGCCCUGUCGAUUUUAAAGUCUACAUUUGAAUGACGGCUGGGGACCCAAACAACUACUACUACUACUACUACUAGGAUUCUGCCACAAUUGGCCCCUUAGUCCUUACCCUGUCACCUGUGUUCUUUGAUUUUUUUUCCGAUUUCCAGUACAUUCUGGGUGUUUCUCUAUGCUGAAGAGUUUUCGACGACGAACAUGAAUGAUGAAAACAGAACAGUGUGGAUUGGAAAUAUAUCGCGAGAGGUUGAUGAAGAAUUGUUGUUCGAACUGUUCCUGCAGGCAGGGCCUCUAGAAAGUGUCAAGAUAGCAAAAGAUGGGAGUGGAUUACAACGCACUUUCGGAUUUGCCAUCUUCAAGCAUGAGCAGUCUGUUCCAUAUACCGUCGACUUGCUCAAUAAUGUGACGCUGUGUGGACGAUCACUUAUCGUAAAGGCAAGACAAUUACAACAGUCACCAGCAGAUUCAUCCUACGAAACACUUUCUCGCCAAAACAGACUCCCGCAGGCCGUGUCUUUGGGGCAAAAUUACCUUUUAGGACAGAGCAUCCCUGGAGCUGGCAUGCCAUAUAGACAGAUGCAGCCAAAUUGUUCCCAGUUUCAAGGGAUGUCAAGGAAUUUUGUCAUGAGCCCUCAAGCGGCAAUAGCAUAUUAUUAUCAAAUGGCAUACCAGCAGAGACCUAAUGUCACACCAUCUGGCUACUGGGGUUAAGUACUUUCUGGGAUUUAUCGUACCACAGCCACACUUUUUGCUAUCUUUCAAUGAAUGAGAGCAUUGCAUGUUAAUGCAAGCUAUAUUUUGCAUUAAUAUAUUGUGACCAGAUGCAACUGCAGUAAUGGCAGCUUGUGGGCACAAUUGUUAACCCCACAGCAAUAUGUUUAAUCAUAGUGGAAAAAUACAUCAUUCAUUUAAUAAUAUUGGAAAGUUGUGAGUUGGAUGCACUCUCAUCCAAAAUGCAGUCGUGCCAUGUUUUACAGAAAAGUGAUUGCGAGUUUUAGACCAUAGAUUUCAGUCCAGCACGUUGUGAUAUGCAAUAUAAAUAGUUACACCAAAUGUAAAUGAGGACAUUUCCUGACUUCCCAUUAAUCAAUGAAAUUGCCAAUUCAGCCAAUUCGGCCAUUUUUGCCAUUCACAUGAUGAAGUGUGCUUUUCCUGUAUAUUUGUGUACAUGUUUGUACAUCAGACGUCACUUGUAUAGUAAACCUGUUGAUGAAUUAUUGACA